GGGAGAGGUUCUGGUUCAGCACCUGGAGACGGUUUAUCACGGAAGGGUGCCAUGAGAUCUGACCUUUCUGAAGACUUUGUGCUUUGUCAACCUAGGGGAGGAAGCCAGCCCACUUUUGAAGUUGAGAAGAAGUCUAGGAGGAAAAUAGAAAUGCAAGAACUGCAUAUGCAACCUGACAUUCAGACACUCCUGCAGAAUGCCCUGGAAUGCAUUGAAAGAGAUCCACAAAAACAAAUGGAAAAUAGUGCCAUAUCAGGUGUAGUGAGUGACCUGGCUCUCCAUAGACGAUUCUGGAUGAAAGAUAGGAAAUUGCGAGUUCAUGAGACUGUGUUACACAAAGGCAAGGACCAAGCUAUUCCAGUGGAGUAUCAACAAGCCAUUGAGCACAUGAAAAGAUUUCGUUUGUCAGCAGAAGAAGCCAGGCAAUUGAAGAAUGAUGAGAAAAUGGCUCUUGAGUCAAUUUAUGGGGAUGACUUCAAAGAGAGACUCCCUGAUCGUAUCUGGGAACUUGCCUUGUCUCUAGAUUCUCUCUGGGAUUUGGCUCAUGCUGAGCCUGCAACAGGAUCUAAGGAGUCAUCUCAAAUGACACAAGGGAAACUGCAUCCACAGGGAAUUCCAGCUGGAAUUUGUAAAUUCUAUCAACAAGGACGGUGCAGAUAUGGUGAUCAAUGUAGAUAUAAGCACUUGCUGCCAUAUGAUCCUGUUACAUUGGCUCAGGAGAAGCCUAGAAGGAAAUUCUUGCUUGAGAUUCGUUUUCCAGACCAUUGUGCUUAUCCAAGUGAACCUCCUUUGGUUGUGAUUUCCCAAACAGAGGACUAUCCAGGUGACCUCCUCUUGAGGACCACAGCCUUUCUCCUGUUGAAAUCAGCUCAGUUGUGUGGCAGCGACAAUUCUCCAGUGGUUUUCUCCCUUGUGGGACUUCUUGAGCAUGAUUUGAUGGACUGGUUGUCAAUGAAGAGGUUUUUCAGGGACCUCACCCUUCCCCCAGAUGACUCUCAAUGUUCUGAUGAGGAGGGAAUACAGAGUGAAGUCAGAGAAGUUGCAUGUGACAGAUCUAAAGAGAAAAAACCAAUCAAGAUGACCUCAACUGUUGUUGGGAUGGAGGAGGAACAGAGCUUUAAGGACAAUGCCACACUGAAGAGUAGAUAUGCUUCAAAAAACUCUGAUUGUAGUUAUCAAGAACUCCUGGUACAAAGGAAGGCCUUACCAGUAUGGAAUGCUCGAUCAGAAAUCCUUCUUGCUCUAAAGAAACAUCAGGUCCUUGUGAUCAGUGGGAUGACUGGUUGUGGAAAAAGUACUCAAGUGCCUCAGUUCAUCCUUGAUGAUUGGCUGUCAUCACAGUCAGGUUCUUGUUGCUACGUUGCUGUCACUCAACCAAGAAGGAUAUCUGCUGUUGGAUUAGCUGAAAGAGUUGCCCAAGAAAGAGUUGAGAAAGUGGGAAAUGUUGUUGGUUAUCAGAUAAGGCUGCAAAGCUGUACAUCUCGAUGGACCCGACUUGUCUACUGUACCACAGGAGUGCUUUUAAGAAGGUUGGAAGCCAAACCAGACUUCUAUCCUGUCACUCAUCUCAUCAUUGAUGAAGUUCAUGAGAGAAGUGAAGACAGUGAUUUCCUCAUGAUGCUGGCAAGAGAAGUGUUGCCAAAGAGACAAGAUCUCAAAGUGAUCUUGAUGAGUGCCACUCUGGAAGCUGAGCUUUUUUCCUCCUAUUUUGGGGGUGCACCCAUCAUUGAAGUCCCAGACUGUGAUACAUUUGAAUAUGAAACAUUGUACUACAUGGAUAAUGAGAGAGUCAACUGUGAUCUCAUUGUGAGUGUCUUAGAAUGGCUGGCUUUUGGGGAACAUAAUCACCCAAAGGAAGGCUCUUUGCUUGUGUUUCUCCCUGGAAUCUCUGAAAUACGAAGUCUAUACGAUCAGCUGAGUGCUCAUCAUAUGUUUGGACAGAAAGCUAAAAAGUUUCUGCUUAUUCCACUCCACUCAUCACUGACUAGUGAAGAACAGCAGGCUGUGUUCAAGCCAGCACCGAGUGGUGUGCGUAAAGUUGUCCUCUCAACCAACAUUGCUGAGACUUCAAUCACCAUUGAUGACUGUACUUUUGUGGUUGACAGUGGGAAAAUGAGAGAGAUUCGAUAUGACCCAAGCAAGCACAUGGAGAGCUUAGAUGUAGUAUGGGAGAGCAUUGCAAAUGCCAAGCAGAGAAUGGGUCGAGCUGGUAGAGUGAAACCUGGAGUGUGCGUCUAUCUCUUCACCUCUCAUCGAUAUUCAUACCAUCUCCAUGUCAGGCCAAUGCCUGAAGUCCUUAGAAUCCCACUUGAGAGAUCCAUUCUUCGUGUCAAGUUGCAGAGAGAACUCUUCAAUGAUGACCAAAGUCCAGUUUGUGUCCUUGGGCAUUUGUUGGAGCCACCAUCCAAGGAAAGCAUAGAGGGAGCGAUGAAACGACUACAUGAAGUUGGUGCUCUAGAUGCCCAAGGGAAUUUGACACCUUUGGGGUAUCACCUGGCUGCCUUACCUGUGGAUGUCAGGAUAGGAAAGUUGAUCAUCUAUGGGAGCAUCUUCAGAUGCCUUGAUGCUGCCCUGACUAUUGCUGCAUGCCUCAGUUACAGAAGCCCUUUUGUGACUCCAUUCGAGCAGCGUGCAGCAGCUGAUAAGACCAGGAUGAGUUUUGCUGUUGGUCUCAGUGAUCAACUCACUUCUCUGAAUGCUUACAAUGCAUGGCAGAGAGCCUGUUCUCACAGUUCAUAUGCUGGUUCAAGGUUUGCAAAUGAGAACUUCAUGUCCUCCAGAACUCUAGAAAUGUUAUCUUCUCUGAAACAUCAAUUUGUGGAGCUGCUGUGCAGCAUAGGAUUCAUCCCAGGUGAUAUGACAACCAGACAGCUGGAUAAGAUGGCCAGAGGUCGAGGAGAUGCAGUUCUGACUGCCACUGGACCAGCAAUAAAUGAGAAUGGGGAAAAUGUGCGUCUGGUGGUGUCAGUCCUGUGUGGUGCCCUCUAUCCCAAUGUGGUGCAGAUUCUUACACCAGAAGUGACCUAUAAACAAACUCCCACUGGUUCGGUUGCCCUGCCUCGAGAUGCCAAAGAUAAUAGAUUCCUCACUGAAUCUGAUGGAUAUGUGAGUAUCCACCCCAGUUCAGUGGUGGCUAAUGUAGGAGAAUUUCCAUACCCAUACAUUGUGUAUCACGAGAAGUUGAAGACAUCACGAGUGUACAUCCGGGAGUGCUCUUUGGUUCCUGUGUAUCCAUUGCUGCUCUUUGGAGGCAGUGCACUUAAUGUUGGACUUCACAAAGGGAAAUUCACUGUUGCUAUUGAUGAUGGAUGGAUUGCUUUCAUCUCCCAGUCUCUUGAGGUGGUGAUGCUACUCCAGAAAACUCGCUUGGAACUGGAUGAAGUUCUGUCUUCAAAAAUUCAGCAACCCAAUCUGGAUCUCAAGAAUCACCUGACCCAUGGGAAGCUGAUUGACGCCAUUGUUCAUCUUCUCUCGCGCUCUUGAAAUUAUUUUGAGUUGUACAUGCUUUCCUACUACCAUGUUACCAUCCUGAUGAUCUUGAAUAAAUGUUUAUCCAUG